ACUGUACACUGCCUGCCCAGCAUUUAUCAAUACACACAAUAUGAUGUCACCAUUUCAUAUGCUGGGGCUACUAAGAUGGCCCUGUCCCCUCUGAAAUCAACCCCAGUCCGACUUUACCACCACAAAACUACUUUAUACACAAUCAUCACAUGUGUGUGUCUAUAUUACAGAGUUACAUAAUUUGUCUUUCUCCAAUGAAAUGGCGCACUCCAGUACAAAACAGUUGAUACCCUGCCAACUCAGCAGGCUUCAUAUCUACAUUGUAUGUGUUCAGCUGUGUUGGUUUGACAAACCACUCCAUCAGAAUGUCAAAGUCUCCUGCAAAGCAUCAUACACCAGCAGAAUUAUACACCUUUAGACUUUGAACUCUUACCAGAUGACCUUGUUUUUCUAACUGAACAAGAAAAGGUCCUUCAACUCCUGAGGAAUAUGUCAGUGAGCAUACUGUAGUACUGGACUUUGGUGACUGAACAGUCAGAGAACAACACACAGAGAGUGAAAGGGGCAUGUCACUCCAUUUUCUGUGGAAACGCAACCCAUCUCUCCCAGCAAGUCACAUCCAACCUGUGGCUGUAAAUGGGAGGAGCGACAGAGACGGAGAGAGGGGCAGAAUGAGAAAACACGGCGUCAGAGUGACAGACAGAAACACAGAAAAAGCACAGCAUGUUAAGUUUUGGUAGAUAUAAAUAUUACUGCAUCAGACAGCGUCAACAUUUUCCUCUGAAGUAAAGAAAUGAGUAUCUUUCAAAUUCCAUCAAUCCAUCUCUCCACACAAUUCCAAGUCCCAGUCCCCCCAACAGAAACACAUCCCAUAAUACAGUGUAUUAUUAACAACAACCUCAAGAAGCUCAAAAAAAUACUUAAGGACAACAACGUUAAUGAUGUUUACCCAUGCCAAGAGUGGAAUGACUACAUAACCCCACUGACUGCUGCUGUUGUAAAUCACAACAGAGAUAUUUUUACUUUCCUUUUGCAACAAGGUGCAGACCCAAACAAGGCUUCCCAAAAUAACUUUACACCUUUGCAUUAUGUCUCAAUAUCCAAAGCACCACUCCUUUUUGUGGAGAAACUGCUUGAAGCAAAAGCUAAUCCAAAUGGAUCGAGUGCCAGACAACGAUUCACACCACUGCAAGCUGCUGCCAUCAGUGACAGGGAUGAUGUCAUGAAAGUGCUCAUAUCUGCCGGUGCACAGAUACCACUGUUGCCUGUCACUGAUCUUGAACAUAAUAUUCACAAUGAAAAAAUAUCUCAGAUGGUUCAUAACCUUGCAUCAAAUGGAAAUAGGUUUUGCUCCAAGAUCAGAUAUUUUUUGGAUGUGGCAAUUGCAGUGCGAGGGAAACCGCUUGAAGAAGUGUUCAAAACUUUUCACAGUCACAUGCUGCUGGAGGAUCCCCAGAACCGUCUUGCAAUGAUUGAAGUACUCUUUAAUGUAAAUGGGCUGAAUGCAGAAAAAUACCGCCAGGCAAGUAUUAAAUGGCUGAAGGACACUGGAAACCUGAACUCUUACAUUGCAGGUGCAGUCAGUCGUUUCCCAAAUAUUCCCCAGGAUUAUGUCGUUCACGCAAUUUCCAGUUUACAUGCAGUUUUCUGCACAGUGGAAGACAUACCAAAUGAGCAGGCUUUGGCUAUAAUCCCCCAUCUACUGAAACAGCUUGGCUCAAAAGAGAGACGAGAUACAUGUCAACUUGCUCUGCAAACACUAUAUGUGAUAACACAGAAGACAAAAGACACAAAUGGCUGGGAUCCCAACUUUGUUGANAGAAACUCAAAAUGA